AUGCAGACAGCUACAAGACCAACAUCACCUACGGGAACCUUUGACUGGGUUAAAGAUGUUUGGUCGACAGCUUGUUCACCAAAGAUGAAGCUUUUUGUUUGGUCCAUCAUACAGAAAGCUCUGCCGCUAGGAGAAAACCUACAACAAAGAGGGUUACUAUCAGGAGCUCGGUGUAAGAGAUGUAACGAGGUUGAAACCGCUAUACAUACCUUCUUUAGAUGUCCAUUUGCGCAGGAGGUUUGGAAGAGGGUCCCUCUCAACUGUGUAGUUCACCUAGCUACACUGGAGAGUUUCACAGAUGUUGUUGUAGCACUGAAGAGAACAUUCUGUCUACCGCCAACGGGGAUAACAGGAACGAUACUCCCAUGGAUCUGCUGGGUAAUCUGGAUCGCACGGAACCAACUGGUCUUCGAAAACAAACCUACAUCACCAGCAGAAGUCGUAACAAAAGGAUUACGCUUGGCAAGGGAAUGGUCAUCAGCACAGAGCUCGAUCGAAGUAAUCAAAAAGCCAAAGCCAAGAGGAACUCACCCGAGGAGGCGAUUGCAACUAACUGUAGAAGACCCCCUACUCAUGACUUGUAGAUCGGACGCGGCUUGGGAUGUAAAAACGAAGAGGGCCGGCUUAGCUUGGAUCCUCACCCAUUUGAAAGGCUCGUGUAUCACCCAAGAAACAGCAACACAGGACAAGAUCAACUCUCCACUGAUUGCAGAAGCUUUAGCUCUCCGAUCGGCUCUACUCUCCGCAGGGAAUCUAGGGCUCCCAAAGCUCCGGUGCUUCUCUGACAACGAAACGCUCAUUCGAGCUAUCAACGGCGACAUGCAGGUCAAGGAAAUCUUCGGUAUCGUCAUGGAUAUCAAGCAACUCUCCUCUGCUUUCAUCGCCAUCUCUUUCUCUCACUUUUCUCGAUCUCUGAAUGUUGAGACUGAUGGGCUAGCCAAACAGUCACUUUCUUCUUCUUUGUAUUUGGACCCCUUUGUGGGCUGA